AUAGUUUAAUAAAACCAAUGAAGUCGGCAUUUUAGCCGUCCAAAAUAUUUCAAAAAAAGAAACGAGGAUCUACUUCGGCGUCAGCACUUUUACGGUAUCCGACCCCAAAUUCAUUCUUUCGCCGGAAAACAAUCAAAUUUCGCACUUGCGAUUGAAAAUCGCGGGGACAAUGCCCGUAAUAGAGCCGAUGAACGGCGACGGCAACGCAAGAGUCGUAGUCAACGACGUUGAAGACGCCGGUAUAGUGGAAUUGGUGGGGCCGUCUUCCGUUGAUACUGCUGAAUCUUCAAUUUCCAUUUCUGAUGAUCAAAUUGUUCCUCUUUUGAUCCAAUCAGAGAGGCCCAAGAUCAACAUCUUCACCAUCUCUUAUCCCAGGCAAAAGCUCAAUAAGGAGGAAGUUGUAAGAGUAGUUGAACCCGAUAAAUCACCCUUUCUGCAGUUUAUUUUCUGGCUCUGGAGUGGAUCGAGAUACUCUGGUCUGCUAUGCAUAGUCUUGUCAUGUACAAUCUACUCCAUGAUGGAAGUUGUUUCAGAUGUUUUUACUGCUCAAUCAGUACCUCUUUUUGAAAUAGCCUUUGCAAGAUGUACAAUAGUCCUAAUUCUUUCCUUUGUGUGGAUAAGGAAAAGUGGUCAACCAAUAUUUGGACCAACGAGUGCCAGGAAACUUUUGGUCUUAAGAGCUCUCAGUGGAUGCAUCUCAUUGCUGAGUUUCAUCUACAGCAUCCAGCGGCUACCUGUGUCUCAGGCUAUCAUAUUGAGCUUUACUGCUCCAAUUAUGGCUUCAACUGUGGCUAGAGUCACGUUGCAUGAGAAACUAAAAAUUGCUGAAAUUGGAGGUUUAGCUAGCAGUUUCUUCGGUGUGCUGUUUAUUUUUCAACCAAUGGUCAGAAUACAAGGAGUUUUCCCAAGUUCCAUAGAAGUGAGUGAAUCUCACAUCUUUGCUGUUCUGGUUGGCUUACUUUCAUCUGUUGCCAGUGGAGUCACCUACUGCCUUACGAGAGCAGGAGCCAAGGCAGCAGAUCAACCUGUGCUUCCAGUUCUUUCGUUUGCUCUGCUUGCUAGUCCUGCUGCUGCAAUAUCUACUUUUUCCUUUGAAAACUUUGUACUCCCUAGUUUCUAUUCUUUCCUUCUAAUGGUUGUACUUAGUGUACUAGCUUUCUUUGCAGAGAUAACUUUAGCACGUGGACUUCAGCUUGAGAAAACUAGUAGAGUUGCCAAUAUCCAGUUUAUUGAGGUUGCACUAUCACAAUUUCUUGGAAUGGGCUCAUCAAGAAUCAUUCCAUCUUUUGGCAGAUUAGUUGGAUGUAUAAUUAUCUUAAUUUCAGCAUGUUGUACCAUGUAUAUUGGACCUGAGAAACAGAUUGAAUGACAAAGUUGACUAUUCCUUUUUCUUUUUUGCGAGCACAGCGCAUGGUGUAACUGCAUGAAUUUUUUAUAUUAUUUUGCCAAUCUCUAACAACCAUUUGUGUCCAAUGCUUCAAGGAGUUCUUCCCUUCUGCAUAAGUGCAAUGAAUGCCAGUUUGUGCCA